GCCCGGCGCGCCGCCGACCCUCACCUACUCCGAUCGCAGCACGGACAGCAUGGCGAUGCAUGGCUCAGCCCCAGGCAGCCGGCAGCUUCACCUCAACCCUUAGCAACGGAAGCUGCAGAAAUGACUAACCGAGAAGAAGCCGAGAUACAAAUAUCAGAAUUAGAUUUACUCUCUAGCAUGUUUCCGUAUGAGGAAGAGUUCACUGUGACCGACCAGCUGGCAGUGGCAGAACUAAAGCACUUCGUUGACAAUGAGUCUGCAGAGAUGCCAUCUUCUAAAAUUCAGUUUAUACUGAACGUGAAGCCAGAGGACUCUAAUGCCUCUAUGGUAAAAUUUUCUAUGGUCUGUGCUUUACCAUUUAAAUAUCCAUCUGUUCUACCAGAAAUUACCGUGAGAUCACCAUUACUGAGCCGCUCUCAACAAGCCCAGCUAAACUCAGAUCUAAAAACAUAUUUGAUGCAGAACUGCAGUGGUGAGCCUUGUGUGUUGAGUGCCAGAGAAUGGGUUAAAGACCAGGCAGCUGCUUACAUUGACAGAGAACUUUCACCUUCCUCAGUGACGACAUCUAAUGCUGUUCGGUCAGAGGACGUCGUUUUCACUAGAUUGUGGAUCUAUAGUCACCAUAUUUACAACAAGCAAAAAAGGAAAAAUAUUAUAGAAUGGUCCAAGGAACUCUCUCUGUCAGGAUUUUGCAUGCCUGGGAAACCAGGUGUUGUUUGUGUAGAAGGUCUGCAAAGUAGCUGUGAAGAGUUCUGGUCAAGAAUAAGAAGACUCACAUGGAAAAGAAUACUAAUUCGGCACAGAGAAGAUAUUUCUUUGGAAGGUGGAUGUCAUGCUGAGAUUCAGAAACAAAGAAAGUUCUCCGCUUUGGAAGAAAAAUGUUUUGAUGCACAUGGUGCUAGAGGAAAUCAUAUGGAUUUGGGGCAGCUAUAUCAAUUUUUAGAAGAAAAAGGAUGUGCUGACAUUUUUCAAAUGUACUUCGGGGUUGAAGGGCAUUAAAUCAUCACAGGUCCAAAUGCCUGCAUUUCUAAUUUAAUCCUCAUAACAGAUUCCUUAGAUUUUCUGCAACAGUUGAUCAGGGAGGAAAUUUGUAAUUCUUUCUUAAUGUGAUUUCCAGUUUUCUAAGAAAACAAGUAUUCAAUGACAGCUGAAUAAUGAAAAUGACUUAAUGAAUGGACACCUGGAUGCUUUCCUGUGCGACCUGCUCUAGGUAACUGCUUUAGCAGGGACUGGACUCAAUGAUCUCCAGACAUCCCUUCCAUCCCCAAUGAUUCUGUGAAGGUGUUAUUACAGCUGCUGAUUUUAAGGACCUUUGCAUACACACCGAAUUACAAAAACUGUUUGGUAGCCUAAUGGGUAGAAUUACAGAAUGUGGGAUUGUAGUGAGUGAAUAUGUGAAUAGGAAGAAGAGGGAAAAAAAAGUGUGUGCAUUGGAGAAGAAAUAGGAUGUUUACAUGUUUUAUUACUGUUUAUGUAUGCUAUGCUCAGACUUCUCUAACAAUGUUUUCUAUUGAUUUCUAUAUGAAAGUUUAUGAAGCUGUGAGAUCAAUUUUCAUUUUUCAGGGGAAAUGGCUUUAAGUUGAGGGAGGGAAGAUUUAGGUUGGAUGUCAGGGGGAAGUUCUUUACAGAUUGGUGAGGUACUGGAACAGGCUGCCCAGAGAGGUUGGAUGCCCCAUUGCUGGAGGUGUUCAAGGCCAGGUUGGAUGGGGCCCUGGGCAGCCUGGUCUAGUAUUAAAUGUGGAGGUUGGUGGCCCUGCAUGUGGCAGAGGGGUUGGAGAUUCAUGAUCCUUGAGGUCCCUUCCAACCCUGGCCAUUCUGGGAUUCUUAGAAAAAAAGAGCAGACUCAGAAAAGCCUUAUUUAUGCAGAUAGUGAGCUCGGAUAUCUUUUGUAGUGACAAUUCGCGGUGAUUUUGUUUGAUAC